GUGGGUCCGUCACACUUCGGCGGAAGGCUUUUUGUUCUUUGCAUGGCUCCAUCUCUUCACGCCAAGUUCGUCUUGCUUAUAAGCUAGUCUCUCUGUCUUCUGGUUAGCCCAUCCGUCUGCUACUUGAGCCAUUGGUCUCCAAUCUCCCCGCAGCGCAGAGUAUUCUCAUUCAUCUCCCUAAAACAUUCUAAGGGCAUUUAAUUCCGGGCUUCACUUCACCCACACACACAUUUCAUCAAAUCUUAGUUGCCAUGAUCGCUGGUCUCUCAAAAGCUGUCAUUUUCUACCUCGCCCCCAUUCUGUCCCUGACAUCCAUCUUACUCGCAUUCUUCGCAUUCCUGGCACCUGUUCUGCUUUUCCAUGGCCAAAUCGCAUUGCUAAUAGUAUCACCGUCUUCCUCGCUGUCUGAUCCGGAAUCCAAGACUGGGAAGAUUGAUGGUCCCUCCUUAUUUUUGGGUCCUCUUGGCUCUUGCUCUCGCCCUAAUAAUAACGGAGAUAUAACCUGCCCUCUUCCCUCUCUAUCUCCGAAAUACGAUCUAUCUGCGCUACCGAGCAGCGCGCCUGAUCUUUUGACCGCACCGACGGCCACGACCCCUGCUUUCAUUGCGAUAUCACUCGGCUUCUCUGUCGUUUUCUUUAUUCUCUUUACCUUCAUCUCCCUUCGUACGAAGCUCGGAGCCAAAUUAUCUGCAGCCCUAGACCGUCCGAUGGUCCAGCGCACGUCGGCUUGGAUCGGAUUGCUUGGAUUCAUGAUCGGUCUGACCGCUUUCCUAGUCAUUCGUAUGUGGUUCGGAAAGGCUGUUGAGGACUUCAACGCUGCGAUCUCAAAACAGGGAAACGGUGCUCCGCAACUCAUAGCGAGUACCAGCAACGGCUUCACGAUGGUCUGGGUCGCAUAUGCUUUCUACGCCGUUCCUCUCAUAUGUUCUCUCGCGAAACUCAACGUGGCCGCAACCACUGGAAAAUGAAGGACACAUAUGUGCAUUAUGGACAAUUUGCCAGCUGCCUUACUAGCUCAAGUGCUGAGCUGGCGACUCUCACGACUGUGUAGCAUAUGGACAGCACAUACUGAUAAACGUUCUUUACAUAGACCUGUCACUGUAUUGUAGUAAACCCGCUUUCUCUGAUUGUACCUUGGCUAACAAUUGUCUUGCUCUAUAUCGCAGAGUACUGGUUUGAGAUGCUUCCAUGUAUUUCCGCAUAAUUGCCC